AUGAGGCUCACAGCAGAACUCAUCAACAACUCGCACAAAGGUUACCUCAACCCACUCAAAGAGCGCGAGCUCGACCUACGAGGCCACAAAAUCCCCGCCAUCGAGAACUUGGGUGUUGCUGGCGACCAUGCCUGUAUCGACUUUACCGAUAACGAUCUCACGACACUCGGCAAUUUCCCACUCUCGCCACGAUUAGAGGCGUUGUUGUGUGCACGGAAUCGAAUCAGCAGUAUACAGCCGAGCCUUGCCAAGAGUGCGCCGAAUCUGAAGACGUUGGUCUUGACGCAGAAUAAUGUUAGCGAAUUGGCGGAUUUGGAUCCAUUGCAGGCUUUUGCGAAGCUUACGCAUAACUAUCGAUACUGGAUACUAUGGCGAGCACCGCAGAUACGAUAUCUCGACUUCCAAAAGGUCAAGGAAGCAGAGCGGGAGAAGGCAAAGGAGUUGUUCGGCACAGUGGAAGCACCCACGGAUCUGGCGCAAAGCAUUAUCGCUGUACGGUCGAAUAAGCCAUUGAGCUAUAAUGCACCAAUGGCGAAUGGCGCUAAGGCACAGCGGGUCACGAUCACCGAAAAGGAGAAGAAGAAGUUCGAGGCGCUGGUGCGGAAAGCGAAGACACUGGCUGAGGUGCAGAAGCUGGAGAAGGCGUUUAGUGAGGGAAGGCUACCGGCCGGUGUGGGUGAGGACGACGACGUUAUGGAUGAGACGUGA